GAUAGCGCGGUGCUCCGCUUCCCUUGCCUGCGGGGUUCUCGGCUGUCAUGGCGGCGCCCGGGCGCUUCUGCUGCUUCUUCUUCCUCCUCCUCCUCCUCUUCCUCUCCGCGGGGGCUGUUUACGAGGACCAAGUGGGCAAGUUUGACUGGAGGCAGCAGUAUGUGGGGAAGCUCAAGUUUGCUUCCUCGGAGGCCUCCCAGGGCUCGAAAAAACUCAUUGUGGCCACGGAGAAGAACGUGAUGGCGGCGUUGAAUUCCAGAACAGGAGAAAUCCUGUGGCGCCACGUGGACAAAGGGACUCCAGAAGGCGUGAUUGAUGCCAUGCUGAUCCACGGACAAGAUGCCAUCACUGUUUCGAAUGGGGGCCGCAUCCUGCGCUCUUGGGAGACCAACAUUGGUGGCUUGAACUGGGAGAUCCUGAUGGAGUCCGGGAGUUUUCAGACGGCUAGUUUGGUGGGAUUGCCAGACAGCGUGAGAUACGUGGCUGUUCUGAAGAAAGGAACCCUCGCCCUCCACUACCUCUCUAACGGCCACCAGAAGUGGAUUGAGCCUUUACCAGAAAGUGAGACGGUUCAGUACCAGUUGGUGUAUUCGCACGGAACAGGGGCCGUUCACGUCCUCGGGAUCCUUCCUCAGCACCACAUUAACAUCGUCACCUUCAGCGUGGAGGAUGGAGAAAUUCUAAAACAGGUUCAGGUGCCCGUCCCCUGGCUGAGCAGUCUAAGCGGGACGUGUGGCGUGGUCAGGGAGGCCACGCUCAUCUGCGCUGAUGCAGCCACGCAGUCCCUUUACACCAUGUCUCUGGAUGCCAAGGAAGCGAUGAAGCCGGUGUCGCUGCAGUCCUUUGGCUUGGAAUUUGCAGACGGCUCCCGACCCCUCGUGCUGACCUGCCAGCCCAACCCUGUGGCUCCUUCCAGGGCCCAGUUCUUCCUGCGCCUCUCCCCGACGCGCUUUGCCCUGAUGCAGUAUCGGAACGGGGUGCUGAGCCUCCUCCGGGAUUUCCCUCAGGCUGGACUUGUGACCUUUGCCACCACCAGUGAGAAGACCGUAGCCGCCGUCCUCACCUGUAAGGGCGAUCCCAAAACUGGCCCUCCUCCUGACCCCACGCCUGCCGAUUUGUCUGGACAAACCUCCAAGCAGGACUUCUUAAGCUGCCACAACCAGUCCUUCGCCGUCACUUUAUACUUGGCCGAAACCGGCCAGAGGCUGCUGGAGACCACCGUGGGGUUCACCCUGGAGAAGAGCAGCACCAGGCCGGAACAGCUUUACAUUCAAGUCUUUUUGAAGAAGGACGACUCUGUGGGCUACCGGGCUCUGGUUCAAACAGCCGACCACUUGCUUUUCUUCCUUCAGCAGCCGGGGAAAGUUUUAUGGAGCAGGGAAGAGUCGUUGGCUGAAGUGGUUAGUUUGCAGAUGGUGGACUUGCCGCUGACCGGUGCCCAGGCCGAACUGGAGGGCGAAUUUGGGAAGAAAGCAGCCAUUCAAGAUGGUUUGCUGGGCAUGUUCCUCAAGCGCCUCUCCUCCCAGAUCAUCCUGCUCCAGGCCUGGACUGCUCAUCUCUGGAAGAUGUUCUACGACGCCCGCAAACCCCGGAGCCAGAUCAAGAACGAGAUCAACAUGGACCACCUGGCCCGGGAUGAGUUCAACCUCCAGAAGAUGAUCGUGGUGGUCACGGCCUCCGGGAAGCUUUUUGGCAUCGAAAGCAGCACCGGGACCAUCCUGUGGAAGCAGUACCUCCAGGACGUGAAGCCGGGCUCCUCUUUCAAGCUGAUGGUCCAAAGGACGACCGCUCACUUCCCCCACCCUCCGCAGUGCACCCUCCUGGUCAAGGACAAGGAAACGGGCCUGAGCUCCCUCUACAUCUUCAACCCCAUCUUCGGGAGGUGGAGCCAGGUGGCCCCUCCGGCGCUGAGCCGCCCUGUCCUCCAGUCCCUGCUCCUCCCCCUCAUGGACCAAGACUACGCCAAAGUCCUGCUGCUGGUGGACGAUGAGCACAAGGUGACGGUGUUUCCAGCCACGAGGAACGUCCUCCGGCUGCUGGGGGAGAUGGCGCCCUCCAUCUCUUUCUAUCUGGCCGAUUCCGAGCAGGGCAAAUUGACGGGAUGGAGGCUGAAGAAGGACUUGACUACCGAGGAGACCUGGGAGAUCACCCUCCCCACUGACAUCCAGCGCAUUGUGACAGUGAAGGGGAAACGAGACAACGAGCACGUCCAUUCCCAAGGGCGCGUGAUGGGAGACCGCAGCGUGCUCUAUAAGUCCUUGAACCCGAACCUGCUGGCGGUGGUGACCGAGAGCACAGACACCCACCCGGAGCGAGCCUUCAUCGGGAUCUACUUGAUCGACAGCGUGACAGGACGGAUCAUCCACUCCUCAGUCCAGAAGAAGGCCAAGGGCCCUGUGCACAUCGUCCACUCGGAGAACUGGGUGGUGUACCAGUACUGGAACGCCAAGGCCCGCCGGAACGAGUUCACAGUGCUGGAGCUGUACGAAGGGACGGAGCAGUACAACGCCACAGCCUUCAGCUCCCUCGACCGCCCGGUGUUGCCGCAGGUCCUCCAGCAGUCCUACAUCUUCCCCUCGGCCAUUAGCGCCAUGGAGGCCACCAUCACCGAGCGCGGCAUCACCAGCCGGCAUUUGCUCAUUGGGCUUCCAUCCGGAGCGAUCCUUUCCCUCCCGAAGGCUUUGCUAGACCCACGGAGACCGGAAAUCCCCACGGAGCAAACGAGGGAGGAAAACCUGAUCCCGUACUCCCCCGACGUGCAGAUCCAUGCCGAGAGGUUCAUCAAUUACAACCAAACCAUCUCGCGGAUGAGGGGCAUUUACACUGCACCCUCCGGCCUUGAGUCCACGUGCCUGGUUGUGGUGUACGGACUGGACAUCUACCAAACCCGCGUCUACCCCUCCAAGCAGUUCGACGUCUUGAAGGACGACUACGACUACGUUCUGAUCAGCAGCGUCCUCUUCGGGCUGGUCUUCGCCACCAUGAUCACCAAGCGCCUGGCCCAAGUGAAGCUUCUCAACCGGGCUUGGCGGUAGCAGAGCGCCGCGGGGCCCAACCUGCUGGGGGGGAAAGCAGCUCCUUGACUUUGGACCUCUCGGCUGGGUCGGCGGUGAAAGUGGCGUGGUAUUCCCCAUAUGGGAGAGAAAACAGGGUGGGGUAUUUGCAGGACAUUAAUUUUUUUUAAUGUGUUUUGUUGGAAAAAACACAGCUCUGUCUCCAGGAUCAAGAAUAUCUUGUGAAAUUAUUAUUCUU